CCUUGUGGCGCUUGGUUCACUAUCGAAAUGAUCUGAGCGUAGCACGAAUGAAAAAAUUCAUAGUGCGGCGGCUAACGAUAAAUAGAUCAAUCAAAGCUUCCUUGAUUAAGGAUCAGUUUGUCUUGUGGGUUCACGGCGCAAUCUUAGUGAGGAAGAUUAACGAAACACUUCUUGUCAUUUUAGCACAAAGAAGUGUCGAGGAAGUCUUUUCCUGAGCGUUUCGAAACACGAACGUUUCUGAUUCACAAAUAGCGAUCUUUCAGAACCAGUGGAGAGACGAAUAUGCAGCAAUUUAGAGCGACAUCUCACCAAGAGAUGCGAGUGGAGUUCAUAUCGCAUUUCUCGCCGACGCACACGGAAGAAGCAUUUUGUUGUAUGAAAAUAAUGAGGUCUAAGUGCGAACUGUGUGAUGUGAACUUACUCGUUGGUGAACCUCAGCGGCGGAUUGCCGCGCAUCGACUCGUGUUGGCGUCAUGCAGUCCAUAUUUUCAAGCCAUGUUUACGAGUGAGCUAAUCGAAAGCAGGCAAAGAGAUAUAACGUUGCAAGGAGUCGACGCUGAUGCCAUCGAAUUACUCGUGGACUUUGCUUACACCGCGCGCAUUCAAGUAAGCGAAGAUAACGUGCAAGCUUUGCUCCCCGCGUCGAGUUUAUUACAGCUAACAAGCGUAAAAGAUGCUUGCUGUGAAUUUCUUAAGAAUCAACUUCAUCCCUCAAACUGUCUUGGUAUUCGAGCUUUCGCUGAUACUCAUACCUGCGUGGACUUAUUGGAAUCUUCGCAUCGUUUCGCCCUUCAGCACUUUUUGCAAGUCUCGCAAACCGAGGAGUUUAUGCUCCUUUCUGUCGAACAAGUCUUGGAUCUCAUCUCUAACAGUGACGUGAACGUAGAAAAUGAGGAGCAAGUGUACAAUGCGGUUAUAAACUGGGUCAAGUUCGACGUGGACAAUCGCAGGGAAUUUGUAAGAGACCUGUUACCAUUUGUGAGGCUUCCCCUGCUGACUAGAGAAUGCUUGAUGACCCGCGUUGAAAGUGAAGAAUUGAUACGAAAUACCCCAGACUGCAAAGACUUGCUCAUCGAAGCGAUGAAGUACCACCUUUUACCAGAGCAGCGCUCAGUGCUUCAAAGCCCCAGAACUGUCUCCCGCAAGCCUACGGGACAAGUACCAAUCUUGUUUGCCAUUGGAGGGGGCAGUCUGUUUGCCAUUCAUAGUGAGUGUGAGUGCUAUGAUCCCAGGAUUGACAGAUGGUGCAUGGUGACUCCCAUGUCAACCAAGCGUGCCAGGGUGGGUGUUGGGACAGUAUGUGGGAGAAUUUACGCUGUUGGUGGAUAUGAUGGAAGUAAUGACUUGGCAACAGUUGAAGCUUAUUGUCCUCAGAGUAAUCAGUGGUUGUCAGUUCCAUCAAUGGGAACUCGUCGCAGCUGUCUGGGUGUUGCUGUCUUAAAUGGUUUGAUUUAUGCCAUCGGUGGCUAUGAUGGAGCAUCCUGUUUGAAUAGUGUUGAGAGAUUUGACCCUUUGACAGCUCAGUGGACAUCAGUCGCAGCCAUGAACACACGAAGGUAUCUUCUUCUUUUGGUGGAUAUUUGUACAAAUAAAAUUACUUUCUAGCCCCAAAUAUCUGGAUCUUACAUCUUCUUUUUUUUUGUUGUUGCAUGUAUUACACAACUUUUUACAAAAUUGGUAAUUCAAGUGAUCUGACCAUGACAACAUCAUUUGUGGAAAAAUCCAAAGAGCAGUGAAUAAAACAUAAUGGUAAAAAAAAAUGUUAAGAAUGAAGAAUGUAACACAAAUUAAAAUUGUUCAACUGAAAAAAUCUAGCUGCUCAAUUCCUCAAGCAGAACAAAACAGUACAGAACUUUACUAUUGGAGUCUGGGAGUUCAGUGGGUUUUACAUGAAUUAAAAUGCCUUUGAUACUGAACCAAUGUACCUUGUAUAUUUUGUUGUCAAUUUCUUAGAGUGGAUGUCCUUGGAGGCCAAAAAAAGGUGUUGUUAAUUUGAAUGGCCCUUUCUUGAGAAUGGCUCUUGAGAACAGCCACAAGAGGUGUUAAUCCUUUAGAUCCCAGAAGUAAUUAACCUGUCAUUUCUUGCUGUAAUAUCCACACAUUAUCCCAGAAAAGGGAUAGGUUGAAGUUAUUUGUUUGAUUUAACACCAAAUUCUCAUAACCAAUUUACAAAGAAAUGUGUAGCAGUUAGUGGGGAGAAUUAACAAUCAGAUCUUGGGAGGUAAAGGGUUAAAGCCAUCAGUAGCCUCCUGGUAGAUCUCCUCAAGUGACAAUAAUCACCCUGUAAGCAAGCUAAAACACGUCUAACAGCCUAUUUGACUCAAGUUUGGACUGCAAGGCCCCUUUUUUGCCUGUUUGGUUGUGUUCCCCCCAACAGAUUGCCAAUCUUCUGCCAGGGGUCUCUGAGAAAUUUUCUUGUCUGCAAUGCAAAAAAUAUAACCAACAAAAUGCACAUAAGUUAAGGUCUGUUGACAUGAGUGUCAUUUGAGAAAACUUUUGGCAGCACAGCCAGCAAACAGUGCUUAACUACAUCGUAGAGAGUGACAUACACAUUUGAUUCUUACCUUCAAACACUUUCUUCCCUCAGGCGGUAUGUGCGUGUGGGUGUAGUGAAUGGCAUCAUCUAUGCCAUAGGAGGCUAUGAUGGCAGUGCACACCUAAACACAGUGGAGUGCUUUGACCCCAUGACCAAUACAUGGAGAAUAGUUGCCAGUAUGGCCAGCAGAAGAAGCAGUGCUGGUGUGGCUGUACUGAAUGACAUGCUGUAUGUUGUUGGUAAGUUACACAGUGCAAAUUGAAGUGGAGUCUUCUUUUCUGGCUCUUUGAGCUGCAGCUGUUUGUAGUCUGAUGUAAUGUUUCCCAUGCUUAGUCUUUGUCUAAAACUUACUGUAAGUGGUAUGAACUGGUGUACAAAAUGGUCAUCCCCCAGGGUCUGUUUUAAAUUUCCCUUUUUUCUUUGUCUUGGUCUCAGCACAAGCUUUAGGUGGUCAUCAUCCAUUCACUCUGGCAAAGGGCUUACAUUCAAAAUGUCAGCUUUAAAAACUCUGUACGGUGGCCAAUUUACUUUAUCAACUUGUUUGAUCAAACUAAACCUCCAAAUGUGUUUGUUUGUUUUUUAAUACUCUGCCAUGUUGUCUAUUUCAAUUGCAAACCAUGUCGUCAAUGCAACAGGAACUCAAAAAAUAUAGUAUUUAAUGAAGUGUCCAUUAUUUAAGAAUUCUCUAUUACACCUCUCUUGCCAUAGGUGGUAAUGAUGGAGCAUCUUGUUUGAACACAAUGGAGCGCUAUGAACCUGUUGCCGAUGCAUGGACUUGCCUGGCCCCUAUGAGUAUUCGCCGCAGCACCCAUGAUGUGGCAGUGAUUGACAGCAUAUUGUUUGCAGUGGGAGGUAAUGAUGGCAGCUCCAGUCUUAACAGUAUUGAGAAGUAUGACCCAGAAACAAACAAGUGGACAUCAGUUGUCUCCAUGAGCACAAGGAGAAGCAGUGUUGGGGUGACUGUGGCUCAUGUUUUGCUGCUCUGAAGCUUAUACUCCUUGGACAUUAAAAGUUUAUUGAGUGACUUAAUAUUAAAUCGUUUUAAUUAAUAUAAUUUUUUAAGUUGUUGAAUGAAGUGGUAAAUUUGUACCACCUGUACAUAUGUGAAAAUUAAGUUAUUCUGCAGAGGUGUAAAACUGUUUCAAUGACUUUGACUUACAAGUCUCUUAUGUAACUGUUUGGUCUAAUGUCUUGCAAAGCACUCUCUACCCCACCACGGGCUGCUUCAUGAUCGGGAACCAGAGAGAAGAUGUGUAGUGAGACCAAACAAUGACUGCAAUGAAGACCAUUGACUGCCAUGUAUAUUUGAAGAGUUAGAGAAGUACAUUCUGUAUUAUACAUGAAGAAGAGUGUCGUCAAGUUACACUUCAGAGACGUAGCUUGUUAUUUGGCUCUAGUAUAUCGAGACCUGUCUCCAGUUGGUGACUGAAAAUUAUCACAGGGUCAAUACUUACAGAAGCUCGAGUUUUUUCAGAAUUACUUCUAUAAAAUAAAUUUUAGUGCAAAUCACUCGUGAAGAUCAAUUUGCUACUUGUUAUUGUAAAUAUUACAAUGCACAUUCAAUCCUUAAAAGCACAUUGAUGUGUCUUUUGUUCUGUAAUCUGGUAAACUUUCAUGUAGCCUUGUUUUGUGUUUUCUGCAAAAUUCAUCAUCUAAUAUCAGAGAAAAUUACAAAUCAACAUUUUGUGUGUUUUGGGGUAUUUAAACAUAUACUGCAGUUUAAGUAUUGCAGCUACAAUUAAACAAAUAUCUUCUGAAUAUGCACUCUCCUGCAGAUUACUUCUUUGGUAUUGAGUUGCAAUCAGUUUGUUUUGUAAGAUUUUGAAUUUGGACUUUUCAGUAUUUGUUAUUAAAUGCAUGCAAACUUUUCAUUCUGUUGUACUUUUUGGACCAUGCGAUAUGAGGAUUUUACUUCAGUUGUCACCGUAGAUGAGUUGAUUGCCUUUUUAUGUUGCAUUGAUUUAGAAGUUGAAUGUACAAAGUUCUUGUAUCUAAUAAAGUUAAUCACAAUUAUGAAUUGGUAUUUUUAUUUUAUG